AUGCAUGCGACUUGGCACGAGGCUGAUGAGACGCACAUAGCGCCACUCGUUCAGUCGACAAGUGCCGCUUCGGUACCUGACAAUUACAUGGUGGUACUCAAGCCAGAAGUAACAACAGAGCAGUUCGUCAAGCAUAGAGAACACGUAGCAUAUGCUUCUGUGCUCUUCUCUUUGCUUCAUGACAAGUCGGCCAUGAGUGGCGUGGAUUUCGCGCGAAUCAUGCAAACACAAGAGAAUGGGAUUGGCUCACAUUGGCCAGCGCAGGAAGACGUUGGCCUGUUUCGUCACAUCUUUGACAUGGGACCUCACCUGCAGGGCUAUGCAGGACGCAUGGAUGCCAGCUUUGUCGAUGCCCUACGGAGGCUGCCCGAAGUGGACUACGUGGAGCGCGACUCGAUCGUUGAUGUAACGAUGCUAAAGCAAGACGAUCGUUCUGUGCAAGACAUGCCACUUGAUUCUUCGGUGUCUGCAUCUACAUUUCCUUGGGACAGCCCAUAUCAACAUCUUACAGAAGAUGGUGCACCCUGGGGUCUCGCGCGCAUCUCUCACCGCAAGUCACUCUCGCUCGGUACCUUCAACAAGUACGUGUACGAGUCUAUUGGCGGCGAGGGUGUGACGGCGUACGUGAUUGAUACAGGUGUAAAUAUCGCGCACAAGGACUUUGAGGGCCGUGCUUCAUGGGGCAAAACCCUUCCCUUGAAUGACACCGACAUCGACGACCACGGUCAUGGCACACAUGUCGCUGGCACUAUAGCAUCAAAGACAUUUGGCGUUGCGAAGAAGGCGGACAUUAUCGCCGUCAAGGUACUGGGCUCCGGAGGUCAGGGAACGAUGUCGGACGUGACGGCUGGUGUGCUGUGGGCCGUUGCUGAUGCCCAAAACAAGACUCGGGAAAUCAUGAACAACCCAAACUCGGCCGCCGCGCGGAAGCACCGCGGCUUCGUGGCCAAUAUGUCGCUAGGUGGAUCCAAAUCACCGACUUUGGACCGAGCAGUGCGUGGUGCCGUUAAGGCGGGCAUGCACUUUGGCGUGGCUGCGGGCAACGAGGCUCAGGACGCUUGCUUUGUCUCGCCGGCGAGUGUAGAAACGGCCGUGACAGUCGGUGCGUCGACGAUCGCCGAUGAACAGGCUUUCUUUAGUAACACUGGCCCAUGUGUGGAUAUCUUUGCACCGGGUCUCAACAUCCUAUCGACGUGGUCAUCGUCGCCGCGAAGUAUCAAUACACUCUCAGGCACAUCGAUGGCAUCGCCGCACAUCGUCGGCUUGAUGGCUUACUUGCUGUCGAUCUAUGGCACUGACGACUUUACACUGAUCAAGGACGCUGUACCUACACGAGUAGCUCCUGCAGCAGCGAUGCACCAGGCGGACACGCAUGGCCUUCGUGAGACUGGCCGUGGACAUGGAGAGAUGAGUGCACGUAGGAGGCUGUUGCAGGUGCUUCAGAAACUCAUGCCAUCGUGGAUGCCGUCGUUGGAGCGCCUCUUCCCUCAAGUGCCUGUGUUGUCGACAGAAAUGGAGCAAGGACUCAGCAUUGAAAGUGCGUUGCGACCCGCAGAUCUGAAAAAAGCUAUGCGCCGUAUGGCUAUAUCAAAUGCCCUGGAGCAACUGGAUCCCGAGACGACCAACAAACUUGCUUACAACAAUGCUACCACUACAAACAUACAGUAA